AUGUCUCUGUUUCUGAUCCAGGACUUUUUCACCAAAUCAGAUCCUUUUCUGGAGAUUUACAGAAUCAACGACGAUGCGACGCUUCAGCUGGUUUAUCGAACUGAGACGGUGAUGAACAACCUCAAUCCAGUUUGGAAAACGUUCAAAGUUUCACUGAACUGUCUCUGCAGCGGAGACCAGCACCGCAAGCUACAGUGCACAGUCUGGGACUGGGAUUCUAACGGGAAACACGAUUAUAUCGGAGAAUUUGAGGCGACGUACAACGAGAUGAGAGCAGCGAGCGAAGGACGACAGGUGCAGUGGCCGUGCAUCAACCACAAAUACAAAGUGAAGAAGAAAAACUACAAGAACUCGGGCAUCAUCAUCCUCAGCCAGUGCAAGGUCAUUAAAAUGCACUCGUUCGUGGAUUACAUCAUGGGCGGCUGUCAGAUCCAGUUCACGGUGGCGAUAGACUUCACUGCGUCCAAUGGAGACCCAGGAAACAGCUGCUCUCUUCACUACAUUCAUCCUUUUCAUCCAAACGAGUAUCUGAAGGUUCUGCUCUCUGUGGGAGACAUCUGCCAGGACUACGACAGCGAUAAGAUGAUCCCUGCGUUUGGGUUUGGAGCCAAGAUUCCACCAGACUACAAGGUCUCUCACAACUUCCCACUGAACUGUAACGAGGAGAAUCCUGAGUGUGCAGGGAUCCAGGGCCUGGUGCAGGCGUACCAGAACAUUCUGCCAAAGCUGCAGCUUUAUGGUCCCACAAACAUCUCCCCCAUCAUCCAGAAGGUGGCGCUCACAGCCUCCCAGGAGCAGCACGCCAAGGAGGCACUGCAGUACUUCAUCCUCCUGGUGCUUACUGAUGGUGUGGUGACAGACAUGGCGGACACUCGUGAGGCCAUCGUGGACUCGUCUCGUCUCCCGAUGUCGAUCAUCAUCGUGGGGGUGGGCUCCGCCGACUUCAGCGACAUGCGGCUUCUGGACCAGGACGACCUGCGCACCAGCAGGGGGCAGGCUGCGGUCAGGGACAAUGUGCAGUUUGUGCCUUUCAGCCACUUCAAAAACGCUCCUCCCCUGCCUCUCUUGCUCCACCCUCUCCCAGGCUCCUCCCCCUUCUCUCUAACUCCGCCCCUCUCUCCCAGGGUCCUCCCCUCCUCUCUAACUCCGCCCCUCUCUCCCAGGGUCCUCCCCCUCCUCUCUAACUCCGCCCCUUUCUCACCCAGGGUCCUCCCCCUCCUCUCUAACUCCGCCCCUCUCUCCCAGGCUCCUCCCGCUCCUCCCUCUCCUCUCUAA